CCAGAUGAUUGGGCCUCAGGCCCUACUAGAUUUUCAAAACCCUCACAUUUCCGAUCUUCAACCUCAAUCAAACCUGUCCAAAUUUCAGUCACAACUCAAUUCGCUCCUGAAACCCUAGAUUUUCAAUUCCUGUCAAACCCCGCCAUGGCCUCAAGAAAGUUCGAAGGCAUCGCGAUGCUGUCGAUGUACGACGACGAAGAAGAGGACGACGACAUGGACGACGCUGAAGAGCACGGAAAUCAAGAACACCGCGGCGGAGAUAGAGACGACGGAGAACGGCGGGAACAACACGGCGACGCGUCCAUGCUGGAUGUGGAUGCACCGGCGUCCGUUGAUUCUGGAAACGACGAUAAUGCAACGAGCGGUGCGGAUGAUGAGAACUUGUCCCGGAGUGAACAGCAACUGUCUCAGGCGACGGGAUCGCCGCAACGGGCGGUGGCGCCGGAGAAGAGGAGUAGGAGAGGGACGCUUGUGGACUACGGUCAUGAUGAAGUUGCUAUGUCUCCUGAGCCUGAGGAUGGUGAAAUUGACGGAGGUGGAGGCAUUUUGUCUGCUAAUGGUGAUUCACAGGAUAAGACACCUCGGGCAACUCCUCAAAUAUCUGAGCCAUCACAAUCUGAUGUGAUGAAUAAGACUGUGCUUGAAUCAGAUGGUAGAAAUACUGCAGAGGCUGUUGCGGAGGAUAAGAAAGAUGUUGAUCCAUUAGAUAAUUUUCUUCCACCACCUUUAAAGAUCAAGUGCUCAGAGGAGCUGCAAAGAAAGAUUCAAAAGUUCCUUGAAUUAAAGAGAGCAGGGAAAAGCUUCAAUGAAGAAGUGCGGAAAAAGAAAGAUUAUAGGAACCCAGACUUUCUAUUGCAUGCAGUGCGGUAUCAAGAUAUUGAUCAGAUAGGUUCAUGCUUCAAUAAAGAUGUAUUUGACCCUCAUGGAUUCGACAAAAGCGACUACUAUGAUGAAAUAGAGGCUGAUUCUAGACGUGAACUGGAGAGGAUUAGUCAAGAAAAAAAGAAUCGUCAGAAUCUUGAAUUUGUUUCUGGUGGAAGACAAUCUACAGUAGUAGGUGCUGCACCUAAACUUAACGUACCUCUUCCAGGUAUAACCAUGGCUGCUACUGGGUCAAACCCCUUACCACCUGCUGCUGAUACCAUCCCUCGAGACGGUAGACAGAAUAAGAAGUCGAAGUGGGAUAAGAUAGAUGGGACUCAUGCAACAUUAUUAUCUUCUGCUAAUGCUGGUGGAUACACUUUGGGGCAUCAGAAGCGAAGAGAGGUGGAGGAGAAGAGAUCUAGCGAAAGGAAGUUAGACAGAAGAUCAUGAGCCGUUGUAAUUCUUCUUGGUAAAACACAUGUAACACCAUUUCAAAGUUGAAGUGGAUAAUAUGGCCCAGGCGACGGUUCUUUUCUUAAAACAUUCAGUUGGAGGCAAUACAGCUGGUCUUGUAACUUCUAUUAUCAAUUGUACAUGUAUAUGACAAGAAUGGGAACAUGCUUGAUAGCUGUUACAUAUUGAGGGAGAUCAAGUGGUUCGAUCAAUUUACUAAUCAAGUUGAUGUGCCUAUCUAGCAUUUUGAUUGCAAGAAAAUUCAGGAGCUAUCGUUAUGUUCAUUUAUGUAUCUGUAAAACCAGCAUGUUAUGCUGUAGACAAGAAAUCUUGCACUGAGCUAUCAAUACUGACCUUGGUAGCUCUUAAUCCAGUUCACUUAUGCAAUUCUAGUUA